GCUGGCUGACGGGAUUGGUUAGCACGUGAUGUGGGGCUCGCGCGCUCUUGCCAAGCCUGCCUGCGCCGCCGCAUCUCAUUGAAUGUGCCUCCAGCGGGCAGCUUGCAUCGCCCAUCCAGCUAUCCGAACCCGCCACAUCGCCGCCCAUCGCACGCGACACACGCUCCGUCCCCGCAACACACUUCACGUAGAAUCGCCGACACAUCCUCCGCCAUCCUCCACCAUCCUCCCCAUCCUCCCCAUCCUCCCCAUCCUCCACCAUCCUCCACCAUCCUCCACGUCAGCAUGGCUGUCGCAGAUACCGGCAGGCGGAUAGAAGAGGCGCAGCAGCUGGCCAAGACGGAGCCCGCAAAGGCCGAGAAGAUGUACCAGGAAGUGCUCUCACUGGAUCCCGGCAGCAACGAGCAGGCCAUCAAGCACUACGAGACCGCGCUGGUGUCGCUCGGAGAGCUGUAUCGGGACCAGAAGAAGGUGGAUGCUCUUGCGGAGCUGGUCAGGCAGGCGCGGUCGGUGCUCUCAUCGUUUGCUAAGGCGAAGACGUCAAAGCUGGUCCGACAGCUUCUCGACCUCUUUACCACCAUCCCCAACACCACCGACACCCAGAUCUCCGUCACAAAGUCAUGCAUAGAGUGGGCUGUAUCCGAGCGGAGAGGCUUCCUGCGCCAGAACCUCGAGACCCGCCUCGUCUCGCUGUACAUGGCCAAGCAGUCGUACUACGAGGCCCUGACACUCAUCAACAGCCUGCUCAAGGAGCUGAAACGUCUGGAUGACAAGCUGGUACUGGUCGAGGUGCAGCUGCUGGAAUCGCGAGUCUACCACGCGCUCGGCAACAUCCCCAAGGGUCGCGCUGCCCUCACAUCCGCACGAACGUCGGCCGCUUCCGUGUACACCCCACCUCUGCUGCAGGCAGGCUUGGACAUGCAGAGUGGUAUGCUGCACGCAGAGGAUGGCGACUUCAACACCUCCUUCUCAUACUUCAUCGAGGCUAUGGAGGGCUACCAUUCGCAGGACGAGGAGCAAAAGGCCACAUCCGCGCUCCAGUACAUGUUGCUCUGCAAGAUCAUGCUGAACUUGGGCGACGACGUCAACACACUCAUGGCCUCGAAGCACGCUGUCAAGUACGCAGGAAAGCGCCUGGACGCCAUGAAGGCCGUGGCGCGAGCACACACAAACCGCAGUUUGGAAGAGUACGAGAGCGCGUUGACCGAGUACCGACAGGAGCUGGGUAGCGACCGCUUCAUCACGAGCCAUCUUCGACGCCUCUACGACAACAUGCUGGAGCAGAAUCUGAUCAAGGUCAUCGAGCCCUACAGCAGAGUCGAGAUCGACCACGUCGCCAAGAUGGUCGGUCUUGACACCGUACAGGUCGAGCGCAAGCUCUCGCAGAUGAUCCUCGACAAGGUCAUCAUCGGAGUGCUGGACCAGGGCGCUGGCUGCCUGAUCGUGUACGACGAGUCGGAACGCGACAAGGGGUACGAUGCGGCGCUGAGCACAAUCGAGAAGCUGAACAGUGUCGUCGAAGUCCUGUACACAAACCAGGCAUCGAUGCUGGAGUAAAAGCAGACAUGCCUGGAGGAGAAAAAGAGGAAGACACAGGCGCCGUCCAUUGGCCAGCCUGGAGCUAUGUACUAUAGAGGCAUAGACGGCUGACUUGAGCGCAGCCAGCAUAAUGAGCAUCAUGACAGAAUGGUAGCCAAAUGAUAAAGCAUGAACCAAUCAUCGACCGCUUCACCAGCCGUGCACGCUAA